AUGCUCAUAGCGAAUAAUAAUUAUCGUUUAUUAUUUAAAAAAAUUUGUUUAGUUGGAAAUUGGAAAUUUGUGCAAAAAAAUUUCAGGGAUUUCGUAAUACUAGCAAAUGACGGGGAAAUUCGUACUUCUAAAUAUUUACUGUAUUUGUCGAUGGAAUAUUUUCAUGAAUUAUUCACUGCAGAUAGUACAUUAAAUUCUAUUACACUGAAUUUCAAUCGAGAAAUUAUCGAAAAAUUAAUUGAUUUUACAUAUAAAGGAAUUUUCUCUUUUACGAUUGAUAAAAUGAAUGAACUCGAUUCCAUAGUGCAAUGUAUUAAAUUAUUAAAACCUUUGAAAGAACAUAUUGUUUUAGAAUGUAUUGUCGAAAUGCUAACUGAAUAUUUAAUGAAGGAUUGGGAGAAACUAAAAUUGGAUGAAGUGGUGCAAUUAUUGGACGUUUCAUAUCAACAUUUACUAACAAAUGUUUUUGAUUCAGCGUUUAAUUUAAUUAUCAAUAAACAUUUCGUUGAUUUUCAACUGGAAUAUAACGAACAAUCGGAAGGUGAGAAAAGGAUAGUAUAUCGUCGAUUACGUCGUUCACCGCUUAACGGUUUAUUAUCACCAAUUAAUCUUAUGAUUUCUAUAUAUAAUAAGCGACAAAAAUUAUAUCGAGCAAUAAGAUUUUGCAAUACUUCUAAUUCUUAUCAGAUAAUCGAAUAA